AUGUUGUAUUUUCUGACAACAGGAAGCAACUUCCUGAAAAUCAUUAGCUUGGUCAAACAAGUGGUCAAUAGCCGGCACAUAAGUUUGACGAGAAUGGCUAAAAGUAAAUUUGAAUAUGUGAAAGAAUUUGAGCGUGAUGACAGUUGUUUGCCAAAUUGUUGGAUUGUGGUUAGAAUUGAUGGAAGAAAUUUUUCAAAAUUCUGUGAAGCGCAUCAAUUUACUAAACCGAAUGAUGUAGCUGCUUUGCAAUUAAUGAAUCGCGCGGCUAUUACGGUUAUGGAAGAUUUUAAAGAAAUCAUUCUAGGUUUUGGUCAAAGUGAUGAAUAUUCUUUUGUCUUUCGAAAAGACACUGAACUUUACAAACGAAGAGCUUCAAAAUUGAUGACAAAUGUGAAUUCUCUUUUUGCAUCAUCGUAUGUUUAUCAUUGGCCUCGUUUCUUCCAAGGCAAGGAAUUAUAUUAUCCACCAUCUUUCGAUGCCCGUGUUGUAUUGUAUCCUACAGAUAAAAACUUAAGGGAUUAUUUAGCAUGGCGACAGGCUGAUGCUCAUGUAAACAAUUUAUAUAACACCUGCUUUUGGAAUCUUGUAUUAAAAGGAAAGCUAACUCCAACUCAGGCAGAAGGAAAACUUAGAGGUACAUUGGCAUCACAUAAGAACGAAUUACUUUUUCAAGAAUUUGGUAUAAAUUAUAAUAAUGAGCCACCACUUUUUCGAAAGGGUACUACACUUAUAAGGAAAUUAAUACCUGAUGGGACAGGUAGAUUAAAACCUGCAGUGGUUCCAUUGGUAGAUGAUAUUAUUGGAGACCGUUUCUGGAAAGAAAACCCGGAAGUACUCGGGUUAAAAAGUUUAGCAACUUAUCAACCUCCAAAUUUAGUAAAUAAUGUUAGUUCAAAUCCAAUCAGAACAACAAAACCACCAUCUCCAACCACGAACAUGAAACAUAUUAAUAACACUCCACCACCUCCAGUUGCUAACGUGAAUUCUAUGAAAGAAGAAGUGCACCCAGCAAGAAACCGAGAAUCAGAUGGAGAAAGAAUGCAGUGUGAAAGUGAACGAAUUUGUAGAAGAUAAGAAGUGUUUUAUAUUUUUUUUAUAAUAAAUUUGAAAAACAUCCUAACGGAAAA